AUGACAUUUCCUCAAAGUGCCAUGGACAUCCCUCUGCCUCUUAGUAAAUUAGCUCUGCAUUUGGUUAAUCGCGACGACAAGGACAAGAAGUAUGUAGUUCUAGUAGCAACUGGAAGUUUCAAUCCUCCUACUUAUAUGCAUUUACGAAUGUUCGAGCUGGCUAGAGAUGCACUGAAUUCACAAGGCUUCUGUGUCAUUGGAGGUUAUAUGUCGCCUGUUAAUGAUGCGUACAAUAAGAAGGGCCUUAUAUCUGCUGAACAUCGUAUACAGUUGUGCAAUCUGGCCUGCCAGAGUUCAGAAUUUAUAAUGGUUGAUCCUUGGGAGGCAAGACAAGGUAGCUUCCAACGCACUUUAACUGUUCUGUCUAGAGUCAAGGAUUUCUUGUCUGAGGCUGGGCUGAUACCCAGUGAAUCCCUUAAGUGCAUGCUUGUGUGUGGCUCUGAUCUACUCCACUCUUUUGGCAUUCCUGGAGUUUGGAUUGCUGAACAGGUCAGAGGCAUAUGCAGAGAUUAUGGUGUGGUUUGCAUUCGCAGGGAGGGACAAGAUGUUGAUAAAGUUAUAUCAAAUGAUGAAAUUUUGAAAGAGAACAGGGGCAAUAUAAGAAUCGUGAACGAACUUGUACCUAACCAAAUAAGUUCUACAAGAGUAAGGGAUUGCAUUUCGAGAGGAUUGUCGAUAAAAUAUCUGACUGCAGAUGAAGUAAUUGUUUACAUCAGAGAACAUCAUCUCUACUCGAACUCAAAUGACAUGUGA